CACACGUCUUUUUUUAGCUAUUGGCUCUGGACGCCCAGAGCAUCUUGUUGACGUGCGCUAUGGCAACGACGCCCCGGGGACGUCACCCGCCUGGUUUUGUACACACUUUAUGGUCCCGCACGGAGGAAGUUGGACCUAAAGGAGUCGUAUUAGGAGAAACAUCUUAAAUGUAUGAUGUAGUUUAAACUGAAGGAGUUCGAUACCAACGCCCAAAAAUGUCGGAUAUAUUAUGCAGAUGGCUUAACAACGAGCUCCGGUUGUCAAAAACAGUUGAGCCAAGUACAUUUUCGAAGGACUUCUCCACCGGCUACCUUAUUGGAGAAGUGCUCUUUAAAUACCAGCUGCAAGAUGAUUUCAGUGCGUUCAUAAAAAGCAACAUCUCCAGUUCCAAGGAGGGCAACUUCAGCCGCAUCGAGCCCACCCUCCAGCUGCUUGGCGUCCCCUUUGACCAGAACACAGCCCAGGCUCUGAUGCAGGAGAAGCAGGGAGCGGCUACCCGUCUGCUCUACCAGCUCUACGUCCUGCUGCAGCACAGGAAGAUGAAGAGGACCCCCAUGGACACCGUGCGGCCCACUGCUGGGGGCCCCCACCUGCACAAAAAAGAGAACGACGUCGUCUCAGAUCAUCGUGUGGGGCCGGUGGGGAAGCGGGACGCAGAGGUAACGCUCCACAAGCUGUCCCAGCGCUACGAGGAGCAGGGCCGGCAGCAGAAGGAGAAGUCAGAGAUGGCUGAGCUUCUCCAGGAGCAAAAGAAACUCCUGGACACGGAAGACAUGAGACUAAAGGACAUGGAAAAGCUACGAUCGUCGCGUCGAAGGCAGACUGAGCUGAUGGCUCGUAUCCAGGCUUCCAUCGUCCACGUGCCAAAGCCUUCCGCUAUCAAACUGGUGCAGAAGCAGCACCAGCAGCUGCAGCUACGCAGGGAACAGCAAAGACAGCAGGUCACAGCUGAAAUCGCCCGCUUUGAAAAAAGCAGAAAGGCAUUUCUAACUUCAGACUUCUCUUAUUUCUCAAGCGGCAAGACCCUCACAGGGAGCCGCAAGGCCAUUGGUCAGAAUGCCCCCGGGGAGGGCGGGCCUGAGCUGGUGCUGCAGUCCAACAGCCAGUACGUGCAGAAGAUCAGACAGAGGCUGGCGGAGGACUCGGCCUCGUGCCAGCAGAGGGAGAAACGCCGCACCAGGUUCCUACAGGAGCAGCUCAAAGCCCAGGAGAAUCAGCAGGACGCGCAGCGGGACGAGCAGUUGGUGCACCGGCUGACGCGACAGACGGAGCAGGAGCGGCGGCUGGUGGCGCAGCUCCUCCAGGUCCGCGCCCAGAAGGAGGUGCUGCGGGAGAACCGUCUCUUCCGGGAGCAGCAGUACCAGGAGCAGAGGGAGAGGGACUUCCUGGAGGCCCUGGAGAGGGAGGCGACUUUGGCUCAGCAGGCCCAACUGGACGAAGCUGAUGAGGUCAGCAGGCAGAUGGAGCUACAUAACAGGAUGGCAGCUGAGCGAGCCCAGCACAGGCACAAGAAACACUCUAAUCUCUGCCGGGAAGUCCUGGAUCAGAUAGAGGAUUUGGCUACCAAGGUUGGCGAAUACCGUCUACUUACCGGGAAGCUGAUCCCGGUCAAGAUGAUGAGGGAGUGGAAGGAGCUGCUGUUGCUUGGAUUGCCCCUGUAUGACCCUGUGCCAGGAGACUCAGAACCUGGCCCCCUUUCUGCCCCGCUAGACCCCGUAGAGCGGCAGAAAGAGGAGCUCCUCAACAACCAAGACUACCAGGAGUACACAAACAUGGAGGGUGAGUGGGCGUGGCCGGAGGAGGCAGGGGAGGCUAAGCGCCAUCUAGGCAGCAACAACAUCCUGGACCAUGUAGUCCUGAGGCUGAAGAACAUGGUCAAUGAGCCCCGUCCUGCCACGCCUCCCCCCCUCUUCCCUCAGUUCACGCUCAAGGCCUGCGUCCUGGGCCAGCCCUGCUCAGGGAAGACCACCUGCCUGGCUCAGCUGGCCCAAGAACAUGGUAUCCAUAUCAUAUCACCUGACACACUCAUCCAAGAGGCCCUGGCUGCCUACCAGAGUGGAGAAAAGGUUUCUGAUGGCGGGGAGAUUCCUACUGUUAGAGACGGUGAGGAUGAGGUUCCUGAGGGAGAGGGCCGGUCCUUCACUUCCCUAGAAACCAAGGAAUCAAAUUCUCUUUCAGCACUCGACCAACAGCAAGAAAUGUCCAAGAGGGAGCCAUCAGCGAGGGCACAGCGUGGAGCGGUCAUAGACCAGGUGCUGAGGACAGGGAAAGCAAUCCCUGAUGAGCUGCUGGUGAACAUCAUAGUGGAGACGAUCAGGCUGGUCCCUGACACUUCCGGGUGGGUCCUGGAUGGCUUCCCGGUGAAUGUGGCUCAGGCCCGGAUGCUGGAGCUGGCCCUUGGGGGGAGUACCUCGGUGCCCAUUGAAAAGAAACCUCCUCGCCGGGGCUCAAACAAACAAAAGGCCCCCCAGGCGCUCGAGCCAAUCGCAGCCAAAAAGCUUCCCGUGCUGGACCUGGUUCUGCUGCUGGACACACCCGAAAGCGUCCUCCUCAAUCGUGCUGUCCGUCAAAGCCGAGGAAGAGGGGAGAGGGUUUUGCGCAGUGCAGAGGUAAAUGCCCCGUCUCCUACGGUGAGAUCUGCAUCCCUGACGAUCAAAGAGGAGCAUGUAGAGAGCAGAAGCCUUGGAGCUGCUCCCACUGCCCCCCCGGAUGGUCACCCUGACCCUGGUGGGACAGCCCCUGCUCUGGAUGGAUGUACAGACAGGGGUCUGGGGGGCCGACAAAUACAACAUAGCAUUGCUUCCUUCCAGGACAAUUGGUCCAAACUAGAGAAGUGGUACAGUGGAAAUCAAGGCAUCCUUGUCCGUUUGGAUGCAAAUGUGAGCGAGGAGGAACUCUUUAGCAGUUUGGAGUCUGUAUUGCUACAGGCAGUGAUGAACAAACCAAAAGUGCUUGACAUGGGUGAAACUCCAGGGUCCAACCCCCCAGGGACAGCCCCACAUCAGGACCCCAAACUGGAGCGCCCGGGGUCCGCCUGCAUUAUCAGACCUAGGUCCAGCGCAAAGUCUCCAAGAGGGCGGACCAGAGCGGCCUCCCUGUGCGGAGCGGACAGAGAGCUAGGCAGCGCGCUGGACGGCGACCCCCCUCGCCCAGGCUCGGCCCGCUGGAUCUACGUAGACGAAGCCCUGCCUGUGGAGGUCCCAGGGGCCCUGCUCUCCUACUGGGAGUCCAUUAGUGAGUCAUACAUGAGGAACAUCAAAGCCGUGAUGCAGAACCUGCGCAUCGAACGAAACAUCAUCAUCCGUCACCUGUUCAACAUCAGAGAGGAGUACAAACACUACCUGAGUCGGCCGGAGCUGAACCAGGAGUUUGUGAGCCAGUGGCAGCAGGACUUCAACAGCAGCAUCCCUGAAGACAUGAGAGCUGACACAGAAACCAAGACAGAGCUGCACCAGAGGCUGGACGACCUGCGAGAGCGUCUGUGGGACAUGAGUGACAAGCGGAGAGAGGAGGACAGCCAGGAGAAGAACAGUCUAGUAGAGAACGGCUGGCUGGAGGACCAUAAGGCUUUCCUCAUUAAUCACUUCGCUACACUCAUCCAGGUGGAGUUGGACCGCUUCCAGGACACACUGAGCGUUCUGCGGGACUACUACCUGGGCAUGUGCAGACAGGGGACUCCGCCGUUCCCGCCCACUCACUUCACCUGUCUCCCCCUGGUGGCCGCCACAGACUGCCGGGACACAGCCCCCGUGCAGGGAGACAGCACUGACCAUGCAGCUCAGGGAGCCAGGGAAACAGAGGAGGAUACUGUGUUGCAGUGGAAAGCACAAGUUAUUCCCCUCCUUGACAGAAGUGCUGUUGCUCCAGAGCCAAGUGUUGAUGGGGACCUGCAAAAGGGAGCGCGUGACAAGAACUCACAUGGAAAACAUAUCUCUGAUGUCUAUAAGCAGGCACUCGAUGCUAUCAAGAACCUGUGUGACCAGGCGUCCGGGGAGCUCCAGCAGAAGAAGGUGGAGGUGGUCAAGGAGGGGCAGGAGGAGGAGAGGAACAAGGUAUCCCAGGCCCCCGCCAAAGGCACAGCCAAGGAUAAGGGGAAGAAGACAUCGGCCAAGAAGAAAGAGCCCCCUCCCACCCCUCCCCCGGAGUCCAUCCCCAGUCCCCCAAUGAAGGAGAGCUCAGAGGAGAUUCACCUGAGAAAACUACGCGCCAAGAUGCACAAAGAGCUCACAGCUGCACUCGGCCACGAGGUGCAACUGGUUAAGACCCGUAUAGGUCUGGUGAGAGGCUGUGCUCUCCUGAGUGUCCGCUCCCUUCAGAGGAAAGCCGAAGAGACCUUCAGCUGCAUGGACCAGUGGCUAGCGGCACACUACCUCUCACAGAUGAACAGCGUUGACGGGCUAGCAGAAGUGGUGCGCUACCACAUCGAGAUGGGCUCCCUUCUCCACAGUGAAUUGGUUCUGGAUUCAAACGACUUCUAUCUGAACGGAGACCUGCGCAUGGUGGCCAGCCAGCCCCCCCCGCCCCGCCCACCCCCUCUGGAGAGACCCCCCCACUCCACACUGAGUGUGGCUCAGCUAGAGUUCCUCAGCACACAGCUCUACACUGUGGCUCCCUCAGGCCUCUUGUCCUGCGCUGAGUUCACCAGUGUCCUCCAGGAUCUCAUCUCUCUGAGGGUGGGCUGGGCCGUCCUGCCUGAGCCAUGGAGCUCUAUGUCUGAUGCACAGGUGACGGAGGUGGUCUCUCUCCUCACGCUGGAGUCGGGGCUGGUGGACUGGCGCCGGUUCCUGCUCAGUGCUGCCCUCCCCUGGCCACUGCCCAGCCUGGCCCAGCUGCUGCUGCUGCUGCAGGGCUUCCGCACCGCCGACCCCGGGGCCACGGGCUCUGUGGACCGGGACCAGUACCUGCAGGUGGAGCUAUGGUUCCCAAGUGAGAAGGCCGAGCCUGUGCCUGAAGACCCCACCGACCCCUUACCGUACAACCGCCUGGCCAACCUACGCAAGCUGUUCUUCCAGAUGUUUGCGGACCACUCCUCCAGUCCCCCACGCCUGGACUACGCACGGAUGCUGGGCUACCUGGCGGCCCACCCUGAGCCCGGCCAGGGCGUGGUCCGGGCCCUCAGCCUGGCUCUGGGCAGGACACUCAGGCACCCUGCUGCCUGUCGCUACGUCAAGUCGAUGCCCAACAUCAAUGAGACUCAAGAGCCAGGGAGCCCGGGACAGCAGGCGGAGCCAGAGGGGGAGGAGGCGGAGGAAGAGGUGGUUCCCAGGGGGUCCAGCGGUUGCGACGGGGUCGAGCAGGGGGUGUCCGUCAACGCCCUCCUUGCCGUUCUGUGUCACAGAGACGUCCAUAAGUCGGCACACGCCCCCGGCAAAACCCCAGAGGAGCUCACUGAGGACUUGCAGCGUGUAUUUGGAGAGCUUGGCUACGGACCGCAGGAACAUGUCCCCUUCUCAGUCCUCUGCCAGCAUCCUGUUGUCCAGGAGCUCAUGGAGGGAUCCAAUCGCUACCAGCUCAUAGAUAUUCAUGGCGUGCUGAAAGGCCAGGAGAGUGAAUCGGAGCCACAACUCUCCCCAGCCUCCUGAAUAUGAGGCAUUUCUUUAUUUUAUGCAUUCUUGUUUCAGAAAUAUCUAUUCUUGUUCCCUAUUUAGACAAAAAGUAUAAUCCAUCUGCAAGCUAUAGAACUUCAAUACAGUGAUUUGUUCAAAUUCCCAUCUAUGCUUAAAGUGAUGUUUGCUAUUGAUUCAAUAAAUACGCAGCCAUACAUCCACUGGGCAGCCUCAUUAUUUGCCAAGACGAUCGACAAGCCACCGGGAUGACAAUAUAGGAAUUCAAACCACCACAAUGACAUCAGUGGACGAUGACGCGUUUGACCCCGCUGACUCUUCCUUUCUUCCCCGGAUCCACUCCAGUGGCUUUCCCCACUCGCGUUCUCUAACGACCUCGGUGACACGGCCGCACAUUGGCCGGGCCCCACAAUGAGCUCAUUGUCCAGGCUAACCUACAUGUCAAGCCUGACUUCCCAGCAACAGACCUGCCGGGGGCGCCCCUAGCCCCUCCCCUAUCACCUCCAUCAAGGAGUCCAUGCUGUCCACCCACUCAGAUAACCGUUAAGUGUAGGCCGGUAAAAAAACAAACAACAUAAAACAUGAUUGCUAAUCUUAACGCUGUUCCGUGAUACUAGGAACCCCCUUGAUAAUAUACAGUCUUAAUCAGUCUGAAUUCUUGCCAACCCUAUUCUGGACGUUCCUACUCAAGGCUUGUACUCAAGAGUAAUUUGUGGUUAAUUCGGUCUCCAUCACUGCUCCCCGCAUGCCAUGAUUUUCUUGGCAUCUAUUUGAUGAUAAAAAUUAAGCCGGAGACAGAUAGCAGCAUAACACACCUAACCCUAACCUCAGGAUUCAAGGACAUCAGUGGGGAGUUUUAAUGCUAUAAUAGAAUAGAACUUACUUAUUACUUCAGCAAAUAACAAGAUAUAAAUUGUGUAAUUAAUUUCUUCAAUGUGUAAAGUUAUAGCUAUUGUGUAAAGUACCUCAAUCUUGAUUUGUAAAUUAUGAGUAAAAUAAGUCAAACGUUCAUAUUUAAGCUGAUUGAUUAUUAUCAUAUAUUCAUAAUGCUAGUAUGAUUUGAGAAGUGGAUUGCUUUAUACUUGGUACCAUGAGGGUCCCCACUCUCCUGUCUUUG